ACGCCGCAUGCCCUUCGCUAUGGUCUCUCUGAGCCUAGUGCCCGUACCGCGGUGAAAGUUUCUCGUAACGCAUUUUUCGAUUGGUUAUAAUUUUUCGUUUCGUUCCGUUUCUUCUACUGUGGUGCAUUAUCAUGUUCGCGAUUAACGUUCCAUUUGUUGUGUAUUGAAUUUAAACCGCGGGAAGAAAAAAAAACGUUUUCAUUAUUUUUCGAGGUUAAAUAAAAGUCAAGAAAAAAGAAAAAAAAAUCGAAAAAAAAUUAUUUCAACUAGUCCCUCCCCCUCAGUGAUAUAACCGACGUUUUUUUAUUAGUGAUUUAUAUGUACAUUAGUAUCUGUUUUUUGUGAACUAAUAUAUUGUCACGUGGAGUCGGUGGGAUAACAAUCCGGACUAAUAAUAAUUUUUGACAAUAUGUUGACGACGGAACGAUGAGUUCAAUCGAAAUGAAUUCUUAUUUGGAAGUCUGGAAAUGUCGGCUUAGACUAAAGAAAUCGGUUGAAGCGCUCGCGUCAUCAACAUUGACCUGAGAUCUACCUACUCGGACGGAUUUCGUUUAUAAUCUACCGAACAAUGAAAUCCGCGCUGCUGACGGCCCCGUUUCUGAUAAUAAUACUGUCGCUUGCAUCGGCGGACAUAAAUUUCAUGCAAUCUUGCGAGUACCCCGCUCAGUGUCGAUGCGAUCACCACGAGCCGACAGAGGUUUCGUGCAGGAAUCUGGGACUUACGAGGGUACCCGAUGACGUACCCGUGAACAUCACUAAGCUAGACGUGGCCAGUAAUAAUAUUACGGAUAUAGACGAACAAGUAUUCAGGCGAUUGGCUCUAUUGGAAGAUCUAGUAUUAGCUGAUAAUCCUCUUAAAUGGAUACAUCCCAAUGCAUUUCUGAACAAUACAAGAUUAAAAAGGCUGUCAUUCCAGAAAUGUCAACUUGUCCGGGUGCCAUGUGAAACAUUCCAGCAUCUCAGACAACUGUCGUCCCUACAAAUAGAUCAAAAUUAUUUGACUGAUAUCGAUGAUCGGUGCUUCGAACAACUAUACCAGUUAAGGAAUCUCCGGCUGGAAAAUAACAAACUCACCAAAGUUCCUAAACAAGCGUUAAGCCUAGUCCCCACCAUAGAAGCAUUAAACCUGGGAAGUAAUUCAAUUGUAGAUAUUUCAAAUGACUCGUUUUCUUCGUUACCUAAUCUGAUCAUAUUGCUACUUAAGAGAAAUCAAAUAGGUUCAGUUGAUGAAACUGCGUUUGAGAGCCUCACUUCUUUGAAAAUAUUGGAACUCGAUGACAAUCAGUUGGAUACGGUCCCGGCCGCUCUUGCCAAGUUGACAUCUCUACAAGAACUAUCAUUGUCCGGCAACAAAAUUAAGUUCGUGCCCGAUGGAAUUUUGCAACGGUCGCAAGGUCUGGCACUCCUUGAGCUCAAAGGCAACCCUCUGAUUGGCGUGCAUCCGUAUGCGUUUGCUUCACUACCGAAAUUGAGAAAAUUAGUCUUGUCCGAAGCCAGAGAACUAACAGAAUUUCCGAAUCUCAACGGCACGUCGGCGCUCGAAGUGCUCAGGAUCGACAGAGCGAGUAUUUAUUCGAUACCGGACUCGCUGUGCACGACGUGCCCUAAAUUGAAAAGCCUCGACAUAAAAUCGAACAGAUUAUCCAGGAUACCGAAUCUCAACAAGUGCAACGAUCUCCGGGUUCUGGACUUGGCAAACAAUCACAUAAGUUCGCUGGAAGGGUCAUUGUUUCUUAACCUAUCUCACCUUCACGACCUAUUACUUGGUCACAAUUAUAUUACCGAGGUGCCCAGAGACGCGUUCCGCGGAUUAGUUCAGCUUAAAGUUUUGGAUUUGGAAUCGAACAAAAUUCAUCAGAUCAAUGAUGAGACGUUUUUGUCGUUCACCCAAUUAGAAGACCUGAACGUGGGGAAAAACGUGUUUGAACACUUGCCCACCAAAGGUCUGGAGAAACUGCUACACCUGAAGACGUUCAACAAUCCCAACCUGAGGCAGUUCCCGUCGCCCGAAUACUUUCCUCGGAUCCAGUCGCUGGUUCUGUCCUACGCAUACCACUGUUGUUCGUUUCUGCCGCUGCAGUCGUCCGAUGACGACCCACCCACAUCCUCGCAGACCAGCCUCCACGAGUCCGUCAUAUUUCCGGCCAAUGAAAACGAUUUCGAUAUGACCCUAUGGAACUCUAGCAUGUCAGACAUAUGGCCGCAACUACAAAAUCUGAGCAAAAAAUUCGGGACACAAGUCAACGACCUGUGGGAUUCGUUUGGUACGGACUUCACGUAUCCAGGAAAUUUACCGUCGUACAUGGAGGAGUAUUUCGAAGAACAACAGUUGGAAGGGAAGUCGCAAGAUAUGAUAUCGUCUUCUAAGAUCAAGUGCUUGCCACUUCCUGGCCCGUUCCUGCCUUGCCAAGACCUGUUCGACUGGUGGACGCUGCGAUGUGGCGUUUGGGUCGUGUUCCUGUUGGCCAUGCUGGGAAACGGAACAGUGGUAUUCGUGUUGAUAUUCGCCAGAAGUAAAAUAGACGUCCCCAGAUUCCUCGUGUGCAACCUGGCCGCGGCCGACUUUUUCAUGGGCUUGUACCUUGGGAUCUUGGCCGUGGUGGACGCAGGCACGCUGGGUGAGUUCAAGGCGUACGCGAUCCCAUGGCAGAUGUCGACCGGAUGUCAGUUGGCCGGCGCGUUGGCGGUGCUCAGCUCGGAACUGUCAGUGUACACGUUGGCGGUGAUCACGCUGGAACGGAACUACGCAAUCACGCACGCGAUGCACCUGAACAAGCGGCUAUCGCUGAAGCACGCGUCGUACAUCAUGCUGUGCGGAUGGCUGUUCGCUGGUUCCAUGGCUGCGCUGCCGCUGUUCGGCGUGUCCGACUACCGGAAGUUCGCCACAUGCCUGCCGUUUGAGACGACCACCAGCACGUGGAGCCUGACAUACGUGGUGUUCCUGAUGUUCAUCAACGGUGUGGCGUUCUUUAUAUUAAUGGGCUGCUACCUGAAGAUGUACUGCGCAAUCCGCGGCUCGCAGGCGUGGAACUCGAACGAUUCGCGGAUCGCCAAGCGCAUGGCCCUACUGGUGUUCACCGACUUGUUGUGCUGGGCCCCGAUCGCGUUCGUCUCGCUGACGGCCGUGUGCGGCUACCGGCUAGUGUCCCUAGAACAGGCCAAGGUGUUCACCGUAUUCGUGCUGCCGCUCAACUCGUGCUGCAACCCGUUUCUGUACGCCAUACUCACCAAGCAGUUCAAGAAGGACUGCGUGAUGAUCUGCAAGGCGAUCGAAGAAUCGCGUGUCACCCGCGGCAUCGGCCGGUGCCGGCACAGCUCGAACUUCAGCAACCGGCAGACGCCGGCCAACACCAAUAGUCUGGUGGACCGGUCGUCGCGGGAUAACUACGCGCACCACCACCACCACCUGCACCAUCCGCCGUGCAGCUGCAACGUGAAGCUGCUGCUAGACGAUAAGGCGGCCGCUGCCAAAGUGGACGGCACGUUCUUUGAGUGGCUGUCCGCGCGGUUCCGGCGCAUGGCCGCGUGCGUGCGCCGAGACGUCGAGCCGGGCCGGCGUAGGCAGUACAUGCGCAGCGACCGGUACGCAUACCAAAUCGCCGAGAUCCAGCAGAAGCAGCACAAGCGCGCGUCGUCCAUGUCGUCCAGCGAGAACUACAGUUCGUCCCGGUCCGACUCGUGGCGCCAGCACCACCACCACCAUCAUCAUCAUCAUUGCGGCGUCCCGCUGCGGCUGCUCGACCCCAAACAGCGCAGAGCUAGCUCGUGGAUCGUCACGCGCAAGACUUCCCAGGACUCGAACCUGUCCAGCUCGCGAAACGACAGCUCGGGGUCGGCCAACACGGCCAGCACGAGCGUCAGCACCCGCGCGUCACGGUCGAGCGUCAGUGGCGGCGGUGGCGGCAGUGGCAGUGGUGGCGGGAGUUGCAGGAACGGCGGUGGGUGUGGCGGUAACGGGGGUAGCUGUUGCGAUCAGAAGCACAAGCCACGACUGACGCGUCAACCGGCCGUUCUGGACGAGGCGGAGCUUAUCGCGCUGCAAGGCGGCUCACCGGGCAAACUGACCGUUCGGUUCUUGGCCACCAUUCCGUCGGCAGCCGAGACCAGCGUCCAUCCGGCCGAAUCGGAAGACGAAGAAGAAGACGACGAGGACGAAGGCGGCGGCAUGGUUGACGGUUCGCCGAGGAUGGACCGCUCGCUCACUACCACCGGCAGUGGCAGGACCACGCCACCCGACUCCAAACCAUGGUCGCCGACGAGCAGCUAAACAACCGAAACGUUCUUUACCCCUCCCCCUCUCCCAUUACCUCGUAAAAUACUCAGGAUGUUGGCUUUUACGCUACCGUAAGGAUGGUUCCUCACGAGAAAUGGCCAUCCCCCGAUUGCAGAUUAUAAAUUGAUGCUACUACUACUACUUCUACUACUAUAAUUAAUACUUCUACUAUUACUUCUUUAAGUAUCGUUUAGCGUAGUGGUUUUCGACUUUUUCCGCUACGGCCACAAUCCCGUUUAUUCCGUUUUUUUCGUUCACUCCAUUCGUUUCGUAACUACUUUCGAUAUCGAAAAACUACGUGCAAAACGAUUAUUAGUGCUUUAAACGCCCGGUACGGGGUUGUAGAACCGUAGUACAGCCGUUAUUAGUAUAUUAUUCCGACCAUCCGUUGAAACGUUCUUAUUAUAUUUAAGACAACGCGAAUUGAUUAAACAACGAACGAAUUAAAACGUAGGUAAUUUUUUAUUUUUUUCAUUCGAAUCGUGUAAUAUACGAUCCAGCGGUGGCUGUCGAGAACCACUAGUUUAAUUACAUAUUAUUGUUAUGCAUAAUAUUGCUAUAGUGUUUAUAGACAACCGAUGGAAAACAAGUCGAUGUGACUACAUUACAUUAUUAUUGUUGUUCCUCGAGAACUCUUAACGACGUGUUAUAAUAUUUUUUAUAAUCAUAUUUACUCCUCGGUAGUUGUUCAUCCAUGUUUAAAUAAUGUUGUACGAUAUGGGCAUACAACCGGUUAGGACGCAUUUUUUUUUUUGAAGAUGAACAAUUUGAUACGUCUUUUUAAUCUUUUAAAUAUCAAUUAACGGGAUUCCG